GGUCACAAGCUGAGGGAGGUAAUCAAUCAAUCAACCUUGUUAGCCUCCGGCUCAGGAGGAGCAAUUUGCUUCGUGGCCCUUAACGUGGCUUAAUUGAUUAUUAGUACAAAUUUAUGGGUUUCCAGCAGCGAUGGAAGACGACUGUGAUGAAGAUUUUGACUGUCCAAGCCUUCUGUGUGAAGAACUGGAGGACUUUGAAACAAAGAACGGCCGAGGGAUUAUUGGGAAGAGGAGGAGGGAUGGAGAAGGGGAAGUGUUUAAUCAGAGGGAGGAUGAAGAGCCAGGAGGGGAGACAGGGAGUGAAAAUAAGGAUGGGGAGGGGGAGGAUAAAGAAAAGCAAGUUGUCAUGUCAGAAGAGGAAGUGAUGGAGACAGAGGAAAAAGAGGAGGAGGAGGAGGAGGAGCAGGUGAAGCUAGAGAGUAGGCAGGUAGUGGACGAUGCACAGGAGGUACAGAUGGAAGAGAACAAGAUUAAGAACAAUGAGGAAACACUCGCUGCUAUACAAGAGGACAAAGACACAAAAGGUCUAGAAGAGAGCGAUGAGAAGAAAAAGAGUAGGAAGAGACGAGGUAAGAAGCAAAGUGAGCAUGUGAGAAACAGGAGAAGUUUAAAAGAUGUCAGUGAGAGGCUUGAGGAGGAAAAGAGCUGUAUGAUACAGGAGGUGACAGCGGUGAGCUCAGAGGACAGCUCAGCUCUGUCGGAGCCUCCCAUUGGACUGAUGAACAGCUGCGACCUGUCUGAUCCUGUCUAUCUGGGUUGUGGGGGGACUGGGCUGUACUGCCCGCCAGUUCCUGUUCCCCUGCUGUACUCCUCACAACCUCCAGUCCCGAUCCAGCCUGCACCUGCUCAGCCUCACGGGACGAAAAGGCCACACAGCCCCAUGCUUCCUCACAGUCUCCCCCAGCAGGGCCCACAGCCUCUUGAGAUGGAGAUAACCCAGGUCUACUCCACCCGGCGCUCCAUCCGAUACAGCACCAGGGGUCGAGGCCGCGCCCUGAGCUUCUCUCUACUGCCGGGGUUAGAGACUGUGGACAGCUGCCUGCUGCCACCUGCACCAAAGAAGAAAACACGAACACUCUACAGUACUGAUCAGUUAGAGCAUUUAGAGGCCUUGUUCCUGGAGGACCACUAUCCUGAUGCAGAGAAGAGGAAAAUCAUCGCUGCUGCAGUUGGUGUCACACCUCAAAGAAUUAUGGUCUGGUUUCAGAACCGCAGGGCAAAAUGGAGGAAAGUGGAGCGUUCCAUUACGGCAAAGGUUGAACACAGACAGAGUAGAGCUGGAUAUAACAGCAGCCCUAUACAUCAACCAAUUAACUCCACCCUACCCACACUGGCACCUAACAGUAAGGGAGCUCCCUCUUUUUCUGGUCACUUUGCCACCAAUGUGCCCCAGCUCACCUCCACAGCACCUUCUUUCCCCACCGUGUCCAACCAGACUGUGCCUUCCUACAGCAACCUGCUGACCAGCCUCAACAGCCCAGGCCAAUCCAGAGGGAGAGAUGGGGGCCAGCACCAGCUUUCAUCUCAGGGGGGGUUGGCAGAGUACCACCCACGCCCCAUGCACAGCCCUCCCCCACUGCGCCGAGCCAGUCUCCCCCUUUUCACAGCGACCUACAACCCUGCCAACCCAACUCCGCCUCUUCUCAACACCCUGGCUCACACCCCACCUCUGUUCCUGGAUGCUGUGGAGGCUGGCUCCUCCUUGGCCCAUCGUGACUCCCAGUCUCUGCAGACAGACACCAGUUCUUUGUUUGACUUUGGGGAGAAGCUCGACUAUCUGACUUCAAGCCAGCAGAACAACAACCUCCCCUAUCAGCUGCAGACCUCCUACCCCACCAGCCAGCCCCAGCAUCAACCUCAAGCAUCUCUGCCCCGCAUGGCAUACCUCACCCCCUCCCCCUACCUCACCCCAAACCCCCCAGAUUCUAACCCUACAUCUUACCUGACCUUUGGACCUGGAGGAAACUCCACUGGCAUGGUCACCUACUCGACUGGAGGCCAUGCCUACUUCCAGUCCCAGAGCACAGGGCAGAUCCUGCUGCAGACGGCAGGCCAUCAUGGUGGGAUCACAGCGUACCAGUCGUACCCAUGGGGUAACAUGUACAGUCAACCAGCCAUCCACCAGCACGCUCAGUGCCCUUCAGCUUACCCCGCCAAUCUAGGAGGGGCUCGAGAUCAUCAGCCACCCUCCUCCACCACACUGCCUCCCCCAUCAUUCUUCUCCCGGGGAGACCACGGGCCUUUGCAUGCAAGCUCUCAGCGCUUAUCACACACCCAUACACACAGCACCACCACCACAACCACCAGCAGCACCACUGUCCUCCCUCCUGUGUCCACCCUGCGGCCUCCUUGCCUCAGAGCAGAGAUCACUCCAACCAAGGCUUCUUCCCUUCUGCCUUCUCAGGUCAGCCCUACCUCUCCAGAAAGCCCUCCAGUACCCCCUUGUGUCAAGAUUGAGUAUGACAGCCCUCGAGAGAUUCAUAGCCACUUCCACUGUGACUUCUCCCCCAUACAUUUUUGACUUAAUAUUUGUUUGUCUGAGUGUGUGUGUGUCUUUGAAGUAUCUAUGUCAGUGUGUUGUGUGUGAUCUUCUGCUUGUUCUAUUUACAUUACUAUUGGGAUGUUUUCAGUAGAGAUGUUAAUGCCAGCAUACUUGUUCUAGGUUGCAUGUGGCUUGGUUACAAUAAAUGUUCAUUGCUCUGUUAAUCCUUUA